AUGGACGAGAUUUCCAGACUCAUUGCUUUGAUGGAGUCUAUGAUUGCUGUUCAGAAUCAACCAUCUCCGCCUCCUGCAACUCCUCCUCCUCAGAGUCAGUGCCCUGCUCCUAAUGAUUUCACCGAAAUGGUGAACAUGGGGACGCGGUUGGAAGAAGGUGCCCGAGAAGGAUGGUUAUCUAGAGAUGAGGCUUCUACAAGCAAGAAAUACGGUGGUAGUUUCUCCAAAAGGAAGGAAGGGGGGACCAAUGCAGUGUCUAUGGGGAAGCAGAGGAGGCCUCUUAAUCCGAUUCAACCAAGAAAUCCUCCAUAUACUCCUGAACCUUUGCCAUGGUGGUUCAAACCAGAUCUUCACUGUGCCUUUCAUCAGGGAGCUCCCGGCUAUGACAUUGAAAACUACUAUCCUUUGAAGAAUGAGGUUCAGAAACUGAUCAAGAGCGACAUGAUGUCCUUUGAGGACCGAGCACCUAAUGUCAAAGAAAAUCUGUUGCCUGCUCAUGGAAAUGCUUCUGUGAACAUGGUAGAUGGAUGUCCUGGGAAUUUCAGGGUUUUCGAUGUUCGUCAUAUUCGCCAAUCUUUGGUAGAAAUCCAUAGAACUUUAUGCUUAAUCAGUAACUAUGAACAUGACCAUGAUGGUUGUGUUAUCUGCAGCGUUAAUCCUCAAGGAUGUGUAAUAGUCAAGAGGGGUAUUCAGAAACUGAUAGAUGAAGGUGUAAUUCAAAGUCAGCAGUCCAGGUAUAAGGGCAAUGAUGUGAAUGUUAUCGUACCAGUAUUAAAGACCCUCGAGCGGGUAGUUAUUCAGUUUGACAACAUCAAAAUUGUUAAUAGAUUGGCAUCGCCGUUGGUUAUAUGGUUAGCUGGCCCCAUCCCGUAUGAAUACGAUAAACACGUGCCUUAUAAAUACAAUGCUACUAUGAUCAAGAAUGGGCAAGAGGUUCCUCUUCCCACCGCGAAUUCAGUUGUAAGCAUUGCAGAUGUCGUCAAAGUGACCCGUAGUGGUCGUGUAUUUGGCCCUGUAUCUCUUAAAGUUGUGGAAUAUGUUACGGUGGGUAAGAAGACAGAUGUUCCUGCAGUUAAUGCUCCAACUUGUCAGCCUAGUGAAUCCAGUAGGUUGAAGAUUAAUGAUGAUGACGAGUUAUUGAUGAACUCCGAAGCGCAUAUAGAGGCUUUACAGAAAAUACUAGAGCAUGCCUACAUAGAGCAUGAUGUUGCAGUGGACCAGUUCGAUCCUAUUGUCGCUAACAUCACUUCAUGUAAUAAUCUUAGGUUUUAUGAUGAAGAACUUUCUGAGGAAGGUAGGAAUCACAACUUAGCGCUUCAUAUUUCAAUGAAUUGCAAAGAGGACACUCUGUCUAAUGUUUUGGUGGAUACUGGUUCGUUAUUGAAUGUGCUACCAAAAUCAAAUUUGGCAAGGCUGUCUUAUCAAGGCGCCCCUAUGAGGUAUAGUGGCAUGGUGGUAAUGGAAAUUCACCUGGCCUACAUCUGUUUGUUGGGAAGGCCAUGGAUCCACAAGGCUGGUGCCGUCACGUCGACGCUGCAUCAGAAGCUGAAAUUUGUUAAGAACGGAAAGCUCGUAAUUAUUGGUGGGGAGAAAGCGCUUUUAGUGAGCCAUCUAUCAUCCUUCACCUAUGUAGAAGCUAAAGAAAAAGUUGGAACAUCGUUCCAAGCCUUAUCUGUUGCUGUUGAAACUCAGAAGACUGGGGCAUCCAUGUCUUCUCUAAAAGAUGCAAGAGAUGUUGUUCAGGCUGGCGGCACCGACAAAUGA